CAAACCUAGCUCCCGCUCCCCACCUAACCUGUGGUGCUUUCUUUCCAGGCAGCCAUGGCCUGCACCCAGGUACCUUUCUCCUUUCCCCUGACCCACUUCCUCAUCUUUGUCAUCGUGACUUCCACCAUCUUCCACCUCCAGCAGCGCAUUGUGAGGAUCCGACCUCUGUCAGAGAUUGAAAUACAGUCGCUGCUAACGCCCUCCCAAAACCUAGCAAGCACAGAGUUGCAGAGGCCCGGCUUGCUACCUGGCAUGUUCACCAUCAAUUCCAUUGGCCGCCUGGGGAACCAGAUGGGCGAGUACGCCACGCUCCUCGCCCUGGCCAGGAUGAACGGAAAGGCCGCCUUCAUCCCCGCGGCCAUGCACAGCACUCUGGCCCCCAUCUUCAGGAUCAGCCUCCCGGUGCUGCACAGCGACACUGCCGCAAGGAUCCCGUGGCAGAACUACCACCUCAACGACUGGAUGGAGGAGCGUUACCGCCACAUCUCAGGACGCUAUGUGCGUCUCACGGGGUACCCGUGCUCCUGGACCUUCUACCACCACCUGCGCCCAGAGAUCCAGCAGGAGUUCACCCUGCACGACCACGUGCGUGAGGAGGCCCAGGCCUUCCUGCGUGGGCUGCGGGUGAACGGGAGCCAGCCGAGUACCUUUGUGGGCGUCCAUGUGCGCCGGGGGGACUAUGUACAUGUCAUGCCCAAGGUGUGGAAGGGCGUGGUGGCUGACCGGGGCUACCUGGAAAAGGCCCUGGACAGGUUCCGGGCACGCUAUUCGUCUCCAGUCUUUGUAGUCACCAGUAAUGGUAUGGCCUGGUGCCGGGAGAACAUCAACGCCUCCCGAGGGGACGUGGUGUUCGCGGGCAAUGGCAUCGAGGGCUCGCCAGCCAAGGACUUCGCACUCCUCACCCAGUGCAACCACACCAUCAUGACUAUUGGAACCUUCGGGAUUUGGGCCGCGUACCUUGCAGGCGGUGAUACCGUCUACCUAGCCAACUACACCCUCCCAGAUUCUCCCUUCCUCAAAAUCUUUAAGCCAGAAGCAGCCUUCCUCCCGGAGUGGGUGGGCAUCCCCGCAGACCUGUCGCCACUCCUUAAGCACUGACACCAGCCUGUCCUUGGUCCCCUUUUCCAUCUCAAGGCAGAAGGAGUCCCUUGUCACAUUCAAGGGCUCAGCCUUCCUGUUGGAAGAAGCGUGCCUUGGGCUGCAAGCAAGAGAGGUACUAACACGGUCAGAAAACAUACUCACACGUUAGGUACCACCAGUUCCAACAUCCAUUCUCAGCUCAGCUGCAUCACCAGUGAGCUUGCUUCCGGAUAACAACUAGCAAAUGCCAUUACCACUUUUUAGCACAGCUGUCUCAUGGUGCCAGA